AUGGGGUUUCAUGAUCGUUCUUGGGCUGCACCAAUGAAUGGAAACUUCCAGUAUGCUCGACCAUCCCACCUAUAUUCUAGUCCGCUCGUAUUCGGAAUACCUGGGAAUCAUUUUAUUGAUUAUCCUUACAUAGCUCCUGCCUUCAGCCAUAUACCUCCAGAGCCUAUUCACAAGGCCUCAGCCAGCUUUAGAGCCAUGCCUCUGUCACCGCCUUUUCGAAACGGACAUAGGCAGGUUGCUGGCCAUACUCAGAGAGACAUGAAUCUAGAGAGGCACCCUUCAAAGGUGACUAUGCCGACAGGCAUGGAUCCCCCAGAAGACAAGAACAAGUCGGGCCUAAAGGAUCUCCCAGAAGACAAGAACAAACCAUGGGAUGCGGAUGCAUCCUUCUCGCUGUUCCAAUUCAACUUGCCAAUAGCUUCGCCUGUAACACCAUCAUCGAAAGAUAAGAGCGAAGAGCUGGCUGCAAGGACACCACUGGUUCAGGUUCAAGCUCAGCUUUGCUCGAGGGAACAGGCAGAUGUGAAGGAGUAUAACCUGUUCUCCUCGAAAGAUAAUGGUAUAUUUUCGUUUAUGUAG